UUGCUGCUGACCUUCCUGUCAACAGCCCGGCUUCAAACAUAGUCUGACAAUGAAAUUAUUCCACAGUUAACGGAAACUGGAUCCCAGGAGAGAGGACAAGCAAAUUCUUCUGAUCAACAACACAGACGUCAAUUCUGUGCUGAGAGAGAUGAGUGCCUUGUUGGGUGAACUGAAGGUUGAAGUCAGAUACUUGCGAGAAGACAAUGAAGCACAAGCUGCUAAGGUGGGAGAACUGGAGUUGCAAAAGACUGAGCUGGACGAGCUGAAGGAACAAUAUCAAGUUCGACUUGAAAUAAACUCUGACAGCAAAAUUAUUCCACUUUUAAAUCGGGGAAUGGAAACAGCACAAACCUCUGACCCUGAACAAACAUGUAAACCUGACAUCAAUUCUGUUCUGAGAGAGAUGAGUGCCUUGUUGGCUGAACUGAAAGCAGAGAUUAGACACUUACAGAAAGAGAAUGAAGCACAGGCAGCUAAGGUCAGAGAACUGGAGUUACAAAAGACAGAGUUGGACAAGCUGAAGGAACAGCACCAAGCACAAGCAGCUAAGGUGAAAGAAUUGGAGUUGCUAAGGGCAGAAAUGGAUAAGCUGAAGCAAGACAGCCAAGCACAGGGAGGAGAGCUAAUCACCAUUAAAAGUAGGGCAAACAUCACAGAAAACCAGGUGGAGGCCCUGAAGAGAGAAGCAGAAGUCAAACGUGUGGCUUUCUCAGCCUCUCUGUUAGCCACAGGCUCACAAAAUAUUGGACCAUUUAACACAUACAUGCCUCUGGUCUUCAAAUAUGUUGUUUCCAAUAUUGGAAAUGCCUAUAAUUCGCACACAGGUUCCUUCACUGCACCAGUAAGAGGAGCGUACCACUUUGAAUUCUACGUAUUGGGAUAUCAUUCACAUCCUUCAGCGGCUGUGUUGGUCAAGAAUGGAGAGCACAUCUUUAUGGCAUAUGAACAUUCGACCAGUUCUCAUACAGUCAGUUCUUCUAAUGGUGUCACAUUGCUAUUAGAGGUAGGAGAUGUGGUGUUUUUGCGACUGUGUGAAGGCGCUUGGAUUUUUGACAAUGAAAACCGGCACAGCACCUUCAGUGGACAUCUGCUUUUCCCCAUGUGAGAAGAAACACAGCCUAAGAUACCUGUGCAAGCACACUCUACCAGUGUAUUAGUUACUCUGCAUUUUUACUAGAUGUGAAGCCACAAGUAUGAAUAUGUGAAAUAUGUAAACUAUAAUCAUGUUUUCUUACUUUGUUUAGCCUUUUGUUUAAUUGUUGGCAAAUUUUAUUUUUUAAAAAGAGAGAUUGGUUUAAAUGUUUUCUUUUGCUUCUUCUUCUACUUUUUUAAAAAGUUGAAUAGUAUCAGACGCAGAACUUAAACACAAAUUUAGUUUCGUACGCACACGUAAAUACCUUGUGAUUUAUAAAACCAUGUUAAUAUAGCACGAUCUAUUUCCUUAGAAAGCAAAGACAGAAAGAAAGCUGAGCAUUACUGUAACUGUAACUGUUUUAAACCCUUGCUUGUCAAUUUACAGUCAAUUAAACAAAUAGCUAACUUUAGUUUUUCAACUCCAUGAAAAACUCCUGCGAUGUCCCACAGAGUUUACACCUUUGGCUUACACCUGGAUUUCUUACAUCAACACCUGGCUGCCAUUAAGUAUGGCUUCUGUUUUACACCUGCACUACUACACCUCAGCACAGACUUCAUCCAACACAUACGUUCCCACCAUUUGAUUGGAAAUAUGGACAAGCUGCAACUAAUGCAUCACAAACACAUAUUAUUGCCAACUUAUUUGCAGUUUAACUUUCUCCCAAAUGAAAGAGUCUAUUCCAACUAACUUACAACAUUAACAAUGCAGCACCUGCUUAGUUAAAGUUUUUAUGCAACUGACUUUGAUACUGACUGCUUUUAAAUCUAUUUUCCAUUUCACAACUCUUAACCUCAUAUUUUGCACUUGGACCUCAAAUCACAGAAUGCAUUUCUCCUGAAUGUACCAUUCACCUCCAAUCCUGCUGGACUUGUGUUUAAACUGAGUUAAUGGCUCAAUUAAAACACAUCCUAACCUAAUUGUAGAAUGAUUUAUGUACUAAAUUUCAAAGAAGAAUAGCUCAUAAGAAGCUUAUAGCUUAUAAAAAGGAUUUGGGGUAAAAACAACAACAACAACCCAAAACUUAAUAUAAUCCUCAAUGUAAAGCCCACAGCAGUAAAAGAAUAUUUAACAAAAUAUGUCCUUACAUUAUGAUUUUUUGUUUCAUUUUUCCUCCACACUUCCUCCUUCCUCCUCAAAAGUUGAUAAAUUAUUGAUUGUGAACCUUUG